UGCAUUGGAACUUGUUCUCUGGUAGGGUAGCCGUUGACUGGAGCCGUUUUACUGCCUCACUCAUGGCUAACGAACGGCUAAGAGCUCUUGAGGAUGUCGAGAAGGAGAUAGCGACGAUCCUGCAGUGCGCCGGUAAUAUAGUUCUGGAACUCUCCAAGGACAAACACAAUGCCAGCCUCCUGGACAGACAGCUGGUCCAGUUCCAGGGCUCUGUCAAUCGCGUGGAGAGCGAACUGAGUGGACAGAUCCGCUACCUCACACAGGUAGCUACUGGUCAGCCUCAUGAAGGUUCCACUUACUCAGCGAGGAAGGACUGUCAGAUGGCGCUGAACAGAGCGGAGUAUGCCAAGGUCAAACUGGGAGAAUUGGGACGGACGUGUGAAGUGAUGCUGGAGCAGCAGCAGCAGCAGCAGCAGCAGCAGCAGCAGCAGCAGCAGUCAUGAGAGCAGAGGGGGAAACUGGCUGGAUGCUGAGAUAGUGUUCGCUGAGCAGCAUUUCACUGUGAUACCCCGUGUGACUGUAUCUGUCCUCAUUCUCCACUUAAACCAACAGCCUUAAAGCCUUUUUCAUAGAUCAUCUGUACUGUUAUUACGAAUACCGAGGUGUCACAAGAAACGCAAACUUGCAUUUGCUGGGUACAUUUUUAUUGUUUGGCACUCCUGUUCAUUUUUCCCAUUCAUGUGCGUAGCAGGUCAAAUGCAGACCUUGGUAAGAUACUUAAAAAUGCAGCUGCAAAUACAGUAGUCAGGGGUCUUUCUGGAACCCAGAAAGGUAGAAAAUCCAACAGAGGAAAAAGCUGUGUGGAAUGUUGUCAGUCACAAAUGUUAUGAGUGAUGAAAGUCCAAAAUUGAGAGUGGCAGGGGCAAGCUCGGCAAAAAUAGUGUAUAUUUGGUGUGUACUCUCAGUAUUCCCUUCAGCUUUAGUUUUUGUCAUAUUCUGAGCACUUGAGACCAUUUUUUUUUUUUUAUUUCAAAGGCGUCUCCAAGACCUGUUAGCAUCAUGCCUUUUGCAUCGUUAGAGUGUUUUGGACCCCUGGCAAUGCUGAUGGAGCAUGGUGUGAAAUUACCUCCAGACUGGUGACCAUAAUGUAUAUUUUGGUAAGGGGUUUCAGCAGCUUUGCAUAGAACAUGUAACAGGAAAUAUGCUGAAAAUACUAAGUCAUUAGAUGGUAUAUCAUGCAGUCGAGUGAGUAAAGAUUUACUUUGACCAAGAAAGGUCUCCUUAAUGAAAGCCAGCACAAAUAAUUAUAGGUGGUGCAGGAUUGUCAGAAGUAACAUAAGUAUCACUAUCAUUUAUAUAUUCAUUAAUUACACUGCUUGAACUAUUGGAAAAAAUGAAGCAGAGCAGCAAUAUAGAGGUGUGGACUCUGUGGAUUUGUGAAGAACCCCUGCACCAUAGUUUGUUUAGAGUUCAACAGAUGAAGUUUCUAUUUUCAGUAUUUUCCUGUAAAGAAUUGUAUCAGCUGCGGAGUGACUGAAGAGUCCAUGUUCCAUGAUGUGCUCCAUUAGUAUGUUCAUAUGACAGGAUAGGAGCGCCGUAAGUGAGAGAAAGCCCGAUGUUACUCAGAGGAUGGGGUCUAACGGAAAGUCUCACUUUCAGAUGAAGUGUUGCAAAGUUUGCGACCCAAAAUCUUUGAGAGAAGGCUCUUGUGUCCUCAACAUCUCAGUUACAUUACACCAAGCUCGGAAAACAAAUCUGGACUUUUGCUUGCUCAGUAGUGUGUUUAAUUCAGCUCACCAUCAUUUUCUAAACAUGAUCAUUUCAAAGGGUGUGUUGUUCAUGAGAUCAGUUCAAGUUGACAUCACCCUUGAUUCUGAAGACUUUUCUCUUUUUUUUGACCAAAAUAAAAAUGUUUUUAUUUAAAACAAUUGAUGAUUAUUUGAGUAUCUUGUAGUAGGAAUUUGAUUGUAGUUUUCUUACAGUAUAGAUAGCACUCACAUUACAAUGUAGCAUAAAAGGGAGGUUUGAUUAUAGUGAUAUUGCUGGAGACGUCUCUGAAAAAUCUGACUUUUAUUAUUCUAAAAUCAUGUUUCUACAUGCAAAAACUAAAGAGUCUGUUUGGAGACACUAACAAACCCAAUUGCAGACACACAAACUCUGGAGAAGUGAAAAAGGUGACAACAUACAAAACUAAAAUCCUCUUCAUUCAAUUCUACUACCCUGGUUGACAAAAGGUGACCAGUUUGCAGGUGUGCAACGUGUCAAAUAAGAAGGGUGGUAACAAAGACGAAAGAACGGCACUUAAGAAACCCAGUUAAUAUAUGGCUGGGAUUUGACAAUUUGGUAAGAGGUCCUUAAAUUAAUCACAUUUAAGGAAUCCUUUUGAAAAUAGAUUGUUAAAAAAUAAAUAUCCUAUGUGGAUAUCUGAAUAUUUUUACUCUUAAAUACAGUUAUUGCCUUGAAAAAUCCAGUGUUGAACAAAGCAGUGGGCCAAUCAGCAUCUAGAGCAUUUAAUAAAGCAAGGUUGUAUUAUUUAAUUUUUUCUUUAUCAGCAGUGUACAAUACCGAUUCACCCCUGCUCGAUCACCAUUUUUGCUCCUCUGCUCUGUUUGUGUUUGUGCAGAGUUCCACACUUUCAGUCCAUUCCCCUGCUUGAAAGAGCACAUGUUCUCCGCGCUCACUGCAGAUCUGAUGUUAUUUUUGUCAUUUUCGCUGGCUGUAACAUCACAUUCAGCGGUUUUACGUCAUCAGCAGGCAUUUGUACUGAGUUGACUUCGAGGUUUUCAAUCUGUAUUGAGCCAGUUUUUCAUUGGUUUUCUGGAAAUUUGUAUGUUACAGUUUAUAAUGGCUUGGUUAUUAAUUUGAUUGCAAUAACCAUUCAG